AUGUCUCUGAUUCUAUAAAAUCUUUACUUAGGAAGUGUUAGCAUCGCCAAAGAUAUUAAGUUUAUUAAAGAAAAAAACAUAAAAUACAUUCUUAUUUGUGCAAAAGGAUUACAAUAAUAUUAUCCUAAUAAAGUUUAAUAUAAGCAACUAAACAUUUCUGAUAAUCCUUGUACAGUGAUAAUUACACAUAUUCCAGAAUCUAUUGAAUUCAUUCAUUAAAACAUAAGUAUAUUUUUAAAUGUAAUUUUAUAGAAAAUGCUGCAAUUUUAGUUCAUUGUUUAGGAGGCAAAUCUAGAUCAGUUUCAAUAACAAUUGCUUAUGUUAUGUUUUCACUACGUGUAACCUAUGAAUAAGCAUUUUAACAUGUCAAAUAACGCCAUUUUGAAGCCUAACCUAACGUAGGAUUUAUUAAGUAAUUGAAGGCUUUUCAAAAAGUAUUAGAAAUUUAUGGCAAACCAAAAUAAAAUGAUUUCAAAGUUUUAAAUUAAAUUUUGUUUGAUAAUAAUAUUGAGACUUAAGUUAAAGAUAAACUUAGUUAAAUAUAAUUUAAAAAUAAUUAUGAGAUUGAAGAAAAUUAAAACAAUGAAGAUAUUUAAGAAGAUUUAGAUAUUUAAUUUUUUUAGUAAAAAUAAGAUUGA